CAGCGGAGCGCUUGUCUCUAAUCGAAGAAUCAUGUAUUUACGUUCAGCGAUAGGAUUUCUCAUAAGUCUACUUUUGUAUAAACUUAACUCAAUAGUUUGGUCGAUGCUUUCCUCCAAACGACCGAGGAAGAUUGUCAGUCUAGCAACCUCAUCGGGCGUCGCACUCUCAAAAAACCACCGCCGCUACUCGUAUUAUAGGUCACUUGGAGCUUUCGCCCAUCUUGUCAGAAACUAGCAAAAAAAAAAAGCAGUAUGAUACCCGGAUGGGAAUCGAGCAUUACUGUAUGAUACCUGGAAUCAAUUAGGAGAUUCGGGAGUCAUCCUCCUCGAUCGUUACCAAAAACCCACGCGAAAUAGUGGUGAAACUUACAAAAAAUGCAUAGACGAUGGAGGGAGCAAGACCUUUCUGCAUCCCGAGUGGUAGGAAGAGCAUGCACGUAGAGUUCAUAGCACACGAGAAUAUUCAAGUAUAGGGGGGGGGAGCUUCGUAGGGAUUAUUAUAUCGCCAAUUCCGGUCACAGGAAGCCCAAGGCUAUGAUAAUUCAUCAUGGUUCGUCACUCGGGAUCGGGUCAUCUUUCGCUUCCAAGGUCCUCCGUCGCUGAAUCCCUAGGCUCUAUGAUACUUGACCCCUCGACUUCUUUGCCGUGUUCAAAAUAUCGAUCACUGUUUCCUCACUUUGGAUUAUAAUUUAUUAAUGCAGAGGGGCCGAAUACCGUUAUGAAUGAGCAUUUCGUCGACUGCGUCUACCGGCUGGUUCAGUUCCUGGUAUAGCCGGACGGCUGGGGCAUAUACAAAAAGUCCUCGCCCUUUUCAUCCUCUUUUCCCGCUCCUUGGAUUAAGAUCAUGAUUUAAGGCUGGCACACUCUAGAGAGAGGUUGGUACUCAACUCCCUCUCUCAGCUCGGAAACGUCUACUUCUUAUAGUGCUAGCGAUAAAAGUAUAGCACAUUGUGGUACAUGCUUUACCCCGAAUUUCGAGGAUAUCCGAGCAUCCCGGAACCAAGGAUCUGGGAUUUUUCGGUGGCCCUGGGACCGAGGUAUUGUAUCCGGAUACCGAUGAAAUUGGCGAGUGGGUGGGCGGCGGAGUGCUGGGUGCUUGAAUUGGCCAGUAGUGUUGCCUGCCGCCGCCUAGAGAACGCCCCCAAAAAUGUCUUGUCUUGGGCUUCCAUAUUAGUUUCCGAAGCAGUGCGAUUUCCUUACUCAAUACACGGUGAUAUUACGCAAGAAAAUUUAAAUCAGAGUUGCAUUAUAAUGGCUGAUCCUCCCCCCUUUUUUCUUUAA